UUUUUCAUUUGACAAGUCGCUGGAAAACAUUCUCGGAUUCUUUAUUUUUCUCGGCUAAAUGGAUUAAAAUAUUCGCUGUAGUGAGGUGCAUAGUGUAAAAUCAGUUGUUGUUUGUGAAAAGCGAUUUGAAAAUAAACAAAGGAUAUGAGUGAAUUAAGACAUCGGCGCGGGGAAGGUGAUGGAAACGACAAACUGGAGAACGCUGGCGAAUCUGAUCACGUUGAUUCGGAGGAGGAGAAGAAUAUAGAAGAGAAAUAUGUGGAUGAAUUGGCCAAGUCUUUGCCUCAGGGAACGGAUAAAACUCCGGAAAUCCUUGACUCUGCGCUUUCGGGACUAUCUUCAAGAUGGAGAAAUUGGGUUAUCCGAGGUAUUUUCACCUGGUUGAUGAUUGCGGCGUUCUGUCUGCUCAUCUACGGAGGUCCACUGGCUCUCAUGAUUACGGUACUAUGCGUCCAAGUGAAAUGUUUCGAAGAGAUCAUCAACAUUGGGUAUGCGGUGUACCGCGUCCACGGUCUGCCAUGGUUCAGAUCCCUGUCCUGGUAUUUCCUACUGACUUCCAACUACUUCUUCUACGGAGAGAACCUCAUUGAUUACUUUGGAGUCGUCAUUAAUAGGACGGACUAUCUGAAGUUCUUGGUGACGUACCAUCGCUUCAUCUCGUUCAGUCUCUACUGCGUGGGUUUCGUCUGGUUCGUGCUGUCUCUCGUCAAGAGGUACUACAUGAGACAGUUCAGUCUCUUCGCCUGGACACACGUGGCUUUGCUCAUCGUCGUCACCCAGAGCUACCUCAUCAUCCAGAAUAUUUUCGAAGGCCUAAUAUGGUUUAUAGUGCCGGUGUCUAUGAUCAUCUGCAAUGACGUCAUGGCUUACGUCUUCGGCUUCUUCUUCGGAAAGACCCCGCUGAUCAAGCUGAGCCCCAAGAAGACCUGGGAAGGUUUCAUCGGUGGUGGAGUAUCUACUGUUAUCUUUGGACUUGUGAUGUCAUACAUGAUGUCCCAAUACCCGUACUUGGUGUGCCCCAUCGAGUACUCAGAGUCUCUUGGCCGUAUGACCAUGGACUGUGAGCCAUCUCUGCUGUUCCGCCUCCAGGAGUACACGCCACCGCAGUUCUUGCAACCCGUCAUGAAAGUAUUUGGUAUGGAGAAGCUGAACAUCUACCCGUUCAUGAUCCACUCGCUGUGCCUGAGUACGUUCAGUUCCGUCAUCGGACCUUUUGGAGGAUUCUUCGCUUCAGGAUUUAAACGCGCAUUCAAGAUCAAGGACUUUGGCGACGUAAUCCCUGGCCACGGCGGCAUCAUGGACCGUUUCGACUGCCAGUUCCUGAUGGCCACCUUCGUGAACGUCUACAUCACCAGCUUCAUACGUACCGCCACGCCGCAGAAACUGUUGCAGCAGGUAUACAACCUAAAACCUGAACAACAACUGCAACUAUUCUACGCUCUGAAGGAAUCGUUGGAACACAGGAAUAUACUAAACUUGGUACCUUAGACGCAUUGAGUUAGUACAAUUUCAGGUUAAAUUUAUGGUCACAGUCAGCCAGAACACUUCACACUCCAAUGGAAAAUCGCUGCGUUUUGUUUCUUUUACUGUUUUAUGGGUGUUUUUGCACGGGUCUUUGUGUACUAUGACAAUUAGAAUGCCAAAUUUUUUAGGGAUGUUAUGAUAAAAAUUCCAUCCUGUGUAACGAAAAUAUGAAAAUGCCAUUCGUGAAUAAUAAUACUUUUUGUAUUGUUUCCUUGUUUAUAGUGUUUUAACAAUAGUCAAAAAUCUUUGAACGUAAAUUAUGAUCAAAUAUUGCUGAUUUCGUUUGGAAAAAGUAAGAAAAAAAAAACUGGUAAACGCAGCGUUCGUUCCGUGAAGUGUGAAAGUGCUCUAAGGAGGAACAUAUCCGCGAACCAUGCAAGGAAUACAAUUGUUCUAGUCUAAUAUUGUAUUUAUCAUUCACUUUGAUAUACAAAACAACAAACAUUAAAUCAGUAUAUUACGUACGUGUUUAUAAAAAAAUAAGGGAUCGUAACAUAUUGAAUGCUUCCAUGAUUUAGGUAGUAAUAAGGUUCAAAAUUCUUUGCUAUUAACUAAACUGCUUUUACCAUCCAAAUUCAAAAACAUUUUAAAUACUUAUUAUAAAAAAAUAUCGUCAACUACCAAAGAAAAAAGUUAAUGGUAAAUACAAAUCAUAUGAAAAUAUAUAGUAAUAAUUUAUUUACUCUCCCGUCUCUACAUAAAGGUGUCCUUCGGGAGGUAUCAUAAUAUUAAAGUUAAAUUUAAAAAUACUACUACAUAGUGUUUACAUAGGCUAUCGAUAGUAAAAUAAUAUUAAAUAAAAAACAAUCUUCCUCAAAUUAUACGAAAAAAUCGUAGUUCUUCUCUACGUAAUGCGUAGUAUCUAAAUGACAAAUUUUACUAGUAAAUUACUAAUGUCAUUUAAUUACAUUAA